GAGACGUUGGACAUUACUAGAGUGGAAGCACAAUCAUAAAGUAUAUUUAAUAAAUUCGACGUUUUUUAAACUUUUUAAAUAGUCAUAAAAAUAAUUACCUUGGACAUUGUACCAAAAUUACCAGUGUUUGGAAACAGUUAAAUACCUGAUUACUUUGAAAUAACAAGUUGCUAAGAAUUUUAUUUUAAUAAGACCAAUGCAAUUUCGAUAAAUAAAAUCGUUUUACUGCACCGUAUAAGAAAAAGUAUCAGCUUAGACAUGACAGUGUCACACAGAUUGGUAUUUAUCUUCACUAUAUUUCUUACCGUAACGUUUAUCGUUGCUAAGGAAUUACAAAUAUUUAACCAGGACACAUGCAGACCCAAAGGACUUCAAUGCUUGAAAGAUAGUCAAUGUUGUGGACAGCUUGUGUGCGAUCGUUGGAAACUCCAUUGCGCAGAGCAGACGGGUAAUUUACCGCUAAAAUUACCGUGUAAGCCGCCCGGUUCAAUCUGUACAGAGGAUAGUCAUUGCUGUGGGCCAUUGAUUUGUAACCCCUGGAAGAAUCGUUGCACUAAAAAACCUCCGAACUUACCUUCGAACUGCAAGCCAAGAGGUGCCUUGUGUGUAGCAGAUGAUCAAUGUUGUGGAUCUCUCAUAUGUAACCCGUGGAAAUUGCGAUGCACAAAAAGACCGGGAAAUUUACCUCCGUGGCAAACUUGUAGACCUCACAAUGCCAUGUGCGCAAAAACUGAGGAUUGCUGUAAGCCAUACAUUUGCGAGCCUUGGUCGAGUCGGUGCAAAAUAUCAUCGCCAACAAGCUCAACGUCGAGGGUUGAAACAACGUUUUCGACGUCGAGUGAAGGAACGACAACAUCUCGAACUACCACAGACCAAUCCUUUCCAACAUCAACCGUUGAUCCAUCGACUGCAACAUCGAGCCAGAGACCAUCGACUCAUACACCGAGUGAAGGAACAUCUACACCUUCGAAGUCGACCGAAAGUACGACUAAGGCUUUUCCAUCAUCCACUGAAAGGUCAACUUCAGCUGAAGGGUCUAGCAGAGCACCAUCUACCACAGAGUCUGGAGGUGGAACAACUAGCCAAGAAACAACUACUCCGGGGUCAGGCGAAACUCCAACAACUUCAGGCCCUGGAGGAACAACAACAUCAGAGUCAAGUAAAGAAACAACCACGUCGUCUUCGAGCGAAGGUCCAACAACUUCAGGAACUGAAGAAGAAAGUAAGCCAACAUCGUCUUCUGGUGAAAAAACAACAACUGAAGGAUCUAGCAAAGCACCAUCUACCACAGAGUCUGGAGGUGGAACAACUAGCCAAGUAACAACUACUCCGGGGUCAGGUGAAACUCCAACAACUUCAGGCCCUGGAGGAACAACAACAUCAGAGUCAAGUAAAGAAACAACCACGUCGUCUUCGAGCGAAGGUCCAACAACUUCAGGAACUGAAGAAGAAAGUAAGCCAACAUCGUCUUCUGGUGAAAAAACAACAACUGAAGGAUCUAGCAAAGCACCAUCUACCACAGAGUCUGGAGGUGGAACAACUAGCCAAGUAACAACUACUCCGGGGUCAGGUGAAACUCCAACAACUUCAGGCCCUGGAGGAACAACAACAUCAGAGUCAAGUAAAGAAACAACCACGUCGUCUUCGAGCGAAGGUCCAACAACUUCAGGAACUGAAGAAGAAAGUAAGCCAACAUCGUCUUCUGGUGAAAAAACAACAACUGAAGGAUCUAGCAAAGCACCAUCUACCACAGAGUCUGGAGGUGGAACAACUAGCCAAGUAACAACUACUCCGGGGUCAGGUGAAACUCCAACAACUUCAGGCCCUGGAGGAACAACAACAUCAGAGUCAAGUAAAGAAACAACCACGUCGUCUUCGAGCGAAGGUCCAACAACUUCAGGAACUGAAGAAGAAAGUAAGCCAACAUCGUCUUCUGGUGAAAAAACAACUACUGAAGAAUCUAGCAAAGCACCAUCUACCACAGAAUCUGGAGGUGGAACAACUAGCGAAGUAACAACUACUCCGGGGUCAGGUGAAACUCCAACAACUUCAGGCCCCGGAGGAGAAACUACUUCAGAGUCAAGUGAAGAAACAACCACUUCGUCUUCAAGUGGAGAAACGACAUCGAGCGAAGGUCCAACAACUUCAGGAUCUGAAGAAGAAAGUAAGUCAACAUCGUCUUCUGGUGAAGAAACAACAACUGUUACUACCACAGUUGAAGGAUCCAGCAAAGUACCAUCUACCACAGAAUCUGGAGGUGGAACAACUACUCCGGAGUCAGGUGAAACUCCAACAACUUCAGGCCCCGGAGGAGAAACUACUUCAGAGUCAAGUGAAGAAACAACCACUUCAUCUUCGAACGAAGUGCCAACUACUGUAGAACACGAAAAUACUUCUACUACGCCGUCUAGUAUUGAAACUACUGCGACCACUACUGACAGCAUUCCAUCGUUUUCAACAGCCGGUACCACUGAUCAACCCAAUCCAACUACAAGUGGUUAUUCAUCAUCUUCCACUGCUACCAGUGAUACUCCGAGCAUAACGACAGAUGAAUGGAAGAGUAGAUAUAUAAUAUUAUGAUCGUGUCCCAUAUUGCAUCUGAAUAAAAUAUUAACGAUAUAAAUAGUUACGAAAUGUUAACCCUUUGAAAAAAAUCAAUAAAAUGACGGUGUUAGAAACAAUAUUGUUUUAAUAAAAAAUUGGUGCUUUUAACGAUUAAAAACUGUUAUUUACUUUACACAUCGCAAUAAAGUACAUUGAGAAUA